UCACACUUAUGCUGUUCUUUCACUCUCAUCAGAUAUGAAAUGUCUCACCAUCACAUGAAGAUCACACUUGAGCUUCUCAUGUUAACUAAGGAAACAGCCAAAUCUUAAUUUUAUAUCAGUGGAUGGUAAUCAACAUCUUAUUAAGAGGGUUUUUUUUUUUUUAAUUUAAAAAGUAUUUAACUUUUCAGAAGUUCAGUAGUUCGGACCCCAUUCAUACAGUGGCUGUAGCAGCUGAGGAGCGAUGUCAUCUCUACUUUCUCACAACAAAGAUCAGCCACGCAUUAGAAAGUCGCUCUCUGACUCUUCUCCAACUUCAUCCACCGCCACCACCAAGAGCCUGAGGCAUGAGAGACUGUCUAGAUUGGGCUCAUCUGGAUCAUCUGAUGUUUCCAACGACAAAGCGACAAACCACGCUGAAUCCUACUUCUUACGGAGGGAGAACAGACUAUCUGCAAGGAAAAAGGCAGAAGAAGAGUCAGCAAAAAAUGACUAUGAAAAGAUGUAUGAAAAGGCACUGGCCACCAAUCACAGGCUCAAGUCCAGGCUGGAAACAAGUAAACAAGAACUCGCCAUGAUUCAGGACCAGCUACAGAGAGCUCAGAAGGGAAGACCGGGAGGUUGUGGCUCCAACAUGCUCGAGACAGAAAAAAAGGAAAGUUGGAGUCUUAAAAAGAGGAUAACAGAUAUGGAAGAACAGUUGAAGGUUAAAGCAGAGCUAAAGAUGGAGAACCAGAGACUGAAGGAUGAAAAUGGUGCUUUAAUCCGUGUCAUCACUAAACUGUCCAAGUGAGACGGGGCACAGGAAGGAGAGAAGACAAGGGGAGGAUAGCAGAGUCCAUAUUUAUAUCUACACUGUGUAUGCAUCUUGGUACAUUCAUCCUAUCCUCAGGAAGAAUGUAUGUACAUAGUUUUCAGUCAUUUUGGAAACUUGAGUCCAUUCUUGUGUUUUUGUUGAUGACUGAGAUGUGUUUAAAAGGCAGGCUGCUUUUCCAUUGUCUGAAGACUGACUGACAUCUGCCCGGCUAAGGACACAUUUCACACCCUGUUUCAAAGUUGUAUUUAAACAAGUCACACAUUUACCAACAGAAUUUAUAUUAAAUUAAAUUUUUUUUCUGUAUAUUCCUUAAAUAUUCCUACAUAAAUAGAAAUGCCAAAAUGACCAGUUCUUGUUUUUUAGUCCCCUGUGUUUACAUGAACAACCAGCCAGGUGGAAACCAAUUAUAAAACUGCGCAAUCUUAUCAAGAAUAUCCCUGCAUACAUAAAUGGAAAAAUAUUUCAGGUAUGCCCGCAGAGGUAUUGCCAUGGUAACUGCAACAUGUGGUCCGCUCCAUAUGCAGACCCUGAAUCCCGGCUCUGAGCUAUCGGGGACAGUGAAUGAUGGACGAGCUGCAUUUCACAGAAAUGUGGGAGCGUCAUCAGUGAUUUAAGAGCUUUACCUUGAUGCACGAUGUCACCAAUGACGGGCUUUUCCUCUUAACCUGCAAUUUAAAAACAAUCAGCUGUGUAAAAUGUGGUCUUAGAAAGAGAAAAGGCCUCUUGUUAUGCCUCAUAUCUGACAUCACUAGAGCAAAAUAAGACUUCAAUGUAAAAUAUCAAUCAAUCAGUUAUCAUUGUCAUUGGCUUUUAGAUUUUUGUCUCUUUUUUUUAAACAAGUAAUGAUAAUUGACAAGACAAUCUCACCUCAAGGUCAGUUUAGUAGCUGUUCUGGAGGUUUUGAUCACAUCACAUGAUCCUGAUCACUAGAUGAUGGCGAGAUGGUGAAAGCGAAAUUGUUCUGUCAGCUGCUUUUUCCAAGUUCAAGAAUGUGAGGCCCAACUCUGAAAGGUUAAACCAAGAUGGAUGAGAAGUACUUAAAGUUGUCAAAAAAGUAGAAGUUUGAACUUCUUCAUUUCAACUGGGCAAACAUCUGCUGAUGAAGAUCCAAGAAUAAAGGUCAAGAAUAAAGACUCAACCUAAAGCACUAGUAAGUGUUUAUGUUCCAUAUUGAAUUACAAAACAUCCCAAUUGAAUAAAGGGAAUUCACAGUA